AUGGCAGACGGCACCACACAAUCCCAGGGCUUUCCUCACGCCGCCAGUGAGAGACUCAACAUCAUCAUCGCAGGCGCAUCCUUGGGUGGCCUCGCGACAGCUCUUGCUCUAAAACGUCUUCCAGCACCACAUGCACACACCAUCACCCUUCUCGAACGGAAUCCGACCGCCCUCCUCCACAAUCAAGGCGCGGGCAUCGUCGCCGGUGAGCACUUGUCCUGUGGUGAUACCCUGGCAUUCUUCAAGCGCUACGACAAGUGCAAGCGCGACUUGGCUGUUACCUCGACUCGAAGGCAAUACCUGAGCAAGCAUGGUGAGGUCAUACACAAGGAAGACAUGCAGCAGAACAUGACCAGCUGGGAUCUUGCAUACUAUAUGCUCAGGGCUAACGUUGAUGGAAUCGAGAGCAAGUAUUGCGCCGCGCCGCGCGACCAAGACAGUGGUUGCAAGGUUGCACAUCUCCAUGGACACAAGGUGGUUGAACUGCAAGACAAGGGAAACAAAGUGGUUGUAAAGUACGAGACAAGCGAAGGAGGUACGGGCGACAUGGAAGCUGACCUGGUCAUUGGCGCUGAUGGACCGAGUUCUACCAUCCGCUCCCUCCUCACUACCGGCGUCGAGCGCACGUACGCGGGCUAUGUCGCUCUUCGCGGGACCGUUCCUGAAAACUCAGUCAGCCCCCAAACACUGGAAGCUUUCAGGCAACGCUUUACCUUCUUCCAUACAAAAGGGAUCCAGAUCCUGGCAUACUUGAUACCUGGCGAGAACGGUACCCUCGAGCCGGGCAAGCGCCUCAUCAAUUUCGUCUACUACACUAAUGUUCCGUCACCUUCUCUAAGUGAUCCUUCUCCCGACUUCCGUGAGUUGAUGACAGAUGUGGACGGCCAGUAUCAUCGCAUCACCAUGCCACCUGGCAAAAUGGACCCGCAAGCAUGGGAGAAACAACGCGAGAUUGCAAGUGAGCGUCUGCCUCCUCAGUUCGCUGAGAUAGUCAGAGCGACUGAGAAGCCAUUUGUACAAGCAGUUACCGACGUUGUUGCUCCGACAAAUGAGUUCAUGGACGGUCGUGUCAUCCUCAUCGGCGAUGCUCUGGCUGGCUUCCGACCGCACACUGUUGCAAGUACUAGCCAAGCGUGCUUCGAUGCCAUGAUCCUGGCAGACAUGAUCGAGGGCACAGUGAGCCGGAGUACGUGGAAGAAGGAGACACUAGGAUAUGCGAGAACACUGCAGAAGAGAGGUGUUGAUAUGGGAGAGCGCAGUCAGCAUCAAGACCUGCCGUUGGAGGAGCAUAUCCACGAUCGGAACUUGGCAAGCAAACCAAGAGUGGAAGAGGUAUGGCCAGAGUGGGCAGUCGAGGGUCUAUAA